AUUAGCAAUUAUUUUAUUAAAGGCGAACAAAUGAAUAUUUUGGAGCAUUACGUUCAGUGCUAGCUGAUGAAAAACAAAAACAUGGUGAUAUGGAAUAAUUUUAAACAAACAAAAUAUUUAAGGGGAAAUAUGUAAACAAUUAGCUACCGCUAUGGAAUUGUUAAUUGUUCAAUCACAUGGAGCUAAAAAUAAAUUGAGGGGGGAUAAAGUGGAAGAUUCUGUUAAAUUAAUUCCUUCUGUGGAACAAAAGAUGGCAGAAUGCAGAGACUAUUGUUUAUCGGAAGAUUUGACUGAUGAAAUUGAAGAUAAACAAUUAAAAUUACGUAUGAGGGAAGUUAUUGAGAAUAGCAUCAAUAUCGAAAACGAUAUAGCUAAUGUAUAUCUUUAA